AUGUAUACCUACACAGAGACCAACAAAUUCCUCGUCCUCCUCCCCCAGGCUCACGCCGUUGCACAGCUGGGCCUGGAGCUCCCCUCCAAACCCUCCGUCAACAGCCCCGAAUCCACCGUGGCAGACGAGGCAGUCGUCAUCCCCGCAGCCGCUCCAAAGACGCAUCGUUCCUCGAGCACCGGCGCCAGCAUGAAUGACGGCGAGAAGCCCCUUGACUCAAAGCACAAAAAGUUCCUGGUCGCGCAAAUCCUGGUGCACCGGUUACGCACGGAUGCUCGACUGUUGGCGGCUAACUACUGCUAUCGAUGCGGGUUGAACGCAGACAACGAACGACAUCGAUCAAGUUCUAGUUGGCGAUGGGGUGCUUUGUCGUUGGCAUAA